AUGUCUGCCGCCGACAACACCGGAAAAGACCCCAUCCGCGUCGCUGCUGGGCUCAAGGGAACGCUUGCGCGCGGUGAUGUCUCUGAUGAGGCGAAGAAUAACGCGCAAGAGCGUUUGAAAGACAUGGGCUGCGAGGAGUACAUUGCGCACCCCGAGAGCUCUUCUGACGUCCGCGAGAAGAGCGAGGAAGAGAAACACGAGAACCAUGUGCAGGGCGGUUACAAGGCGACCUUGAAGAACCCUAAUGUGUCGGAGGAGGCCAAGGAGAAUGCCCGCCAGCAUCUUGGGUCGAGCGAAGACAAAGAAGUUUAG